AUGGACGGCGCUCGGCGCGCCGUGACGGGGCUGGAAGACCUCGGGGUGGACGCGCGGGGCGUCAGCCAGUACGCUGUUCACCUUCCCGAGUUCACGCGCAUAGAGGCGGCGGAAAACGCGAGCCUAUGGCAACCCCUAGCGGUUGGAACGGCGGCGCACGAUUGGAGGCCGGCGCAUGAAAGGCGGGCGGAAAGCGAGGGGGAAGAGGUGCAAGGAGGAGCAGGGCUUGCGCAGGAUCCGGCGCGCGGGAGGGAGUUGGUGCGCGCGCUGGAUGCGGUGGAUUCACGCGCGGGGGACGCAGAGGCGGGCGCAGCGAGUGGGAGCGGGGGCGAGGGGAAGAGAGGGCACGGAAGCGCGAGCGGGUGGGAAGGAGAGAGGACGACGGGGGAAAGAGAGGGGUUGGCAGCAACGUCGCACGAGCUGUCGCAGGGAGGCGAGGAGGUGUCGCAGGGAGGAGAGGAGGUGUCGCAGGGAGGAGAGGAAGUGUCGCAGGGAGGCGAGGAGGUGUCGCAGGGAGGCGAGGAGGUGUCGCAGGGAGGCGAGGAGGUGUCGCAGGGAGGCGAGGAGGUGUCGCAGGGAGGCGAGGAGGUGUCGCAGGGAGGCGAGGAGGCGUCGCAGGGAGGCGAGGAGGCGUCGCAGGGAGGCGAGGAGGUGUCGCAGGGAGGCGAGGAGGUGUCGCAAGGGGGCGAGGGGCUGGAUGGAGGCAAGGAGGGGUCGCAGAAAAUCAAGGAGGGAUCGCAGGGAGGAAAGGAGGGGUCGCAGGGAGGAAAGGAGGGGUCGCAGGGAGGGGAAACGGUGCGGAUAAGCAGGCCCAGCGAGGGUUCCGUGAAGAUAUAUGAGGUGCGUGGUGUGAGAAUAGGUGAGGUGCGUGGUGUGAGAAUAGGUGAGGUGCGUGGUGUGAGAAUAGGUGAGGUGCGUGGUGUGAGAAUAGGUGAGGUGCGUGGUGUGAGAAUAGGUGAGGUGCGUGGUGUGAGAAUAGGUGAGGUGCGUGGUGUGAGAAUAGGUGAGGUGCGUGGUGUGAGAAUAUAUGAGGUGCGUGGUGUGAGAAUAGGUGAGGUGCGUGGUGUGAGAAUAGGUGAGGUGCGUGGUGUGAGAAUAUAUGAGGUGCGUGGUGUGAGAAUAGGUGAGGUGCGUGGUGUGAGAAUAGGUGAGGUGCGUGGUGUGAGAAUAGGUGAGGCGUGGGCGGCCGCGUAUGGGCUUACCGCAAACUCCUCCCACCCGCCCGCCGAGGUGCACCUCUCCGCCCCCCUGCCCCCCGCGCCCCACCUGCACGACUGUGCUGCGCGCUCUGCCUUCCGCCGCGCCAUGGAGCAGCGCGGGCGCAGGGGGCAGGCGCCACGAUGGGCGGACGCGGCGGCGCAGCAGUGUGAAGGCGUCCCGCAGCCCCCGUGGGUGCGCGGGUCGGAUGCGGGCAAUCUGGGCGGCACGCGGGCGGCGCAGAGGGAUCUGUGGGAGCACCAGUUCCCGCCGCACCGCUGCCGCGGCCGCCGCCUGCUGCUCGUGCACUGGCCCGCGCUGCCCCCCGCGCUCAACCGCUCCUGGACAAGGGGGGACGCGCAGGGGUUGGGAGGGGAGGGGGACGGGGAGGGGUUGGGGGAGUGGUUGGCGGGAGCGGUAGAGGCGAUGGGGGAGGCGCUGGCAGUGGCGGUGAGCAGUGGGCGCGUACUGGUUCCCGUGGGGGCGUCGUUCAGCCCCGCCCAGCACCCCGCCUGCCGAGGUGCGGGAUGGCAUAGGGAUGGCACGAGGGAUGGCACGAGGGAUGGCACGAGGGAUGGCACGAGGGAUGGCACGAGGGAUGGCACGAGGGAUGGCACGAGGGAUGGCACGAGGGAUGGCACGAGGGAUGGCACGAGGGAUGGCACGAGGGAUGGCACGAGGGAUGGCAUGAGGGAUGGCAUGAGGGAUGGCAUGAGGGAUGGCAUGAGGGAUGGCAUGAGGGAUGGCAUGAGGGAUGGCAUGAGGGAUGGCAUGAGGGAUGGCAUGAGGGAUGGCAUGAGGGAUGGCAUGAGGGAUGGCAUGAGGGAUGGCAUGAGGGAUGGCAUGAGGGAUGGCAUGAGGGAUGGCAUGAGGGAUGGCAUGAGGGAUGGCAUGAGGGAUGGCGAGGUGUGUGGCGUGUGGCAAGAGGGAUGGCAAGAAGGCUCGAAUGCAUGCAAGCUGUCUGGAUGCGUGUCGCACAGCGCAUGGGGCUCGUGGCACUGCUACUUCCACCGCCUCACCUCGCCCGCCUGCCAGGCCGCUGCCCACGCCGCCGUCUCACUCUCCCACCCUGUUAUGGAGGGGGGACGCCUGCAAGGGGGACGGCUGGGAAGCACGGACGUGCAUGCAGGGGGGGCGGAGGGGUCAGAAGGCGGGGGGGGCGGGAUGGGGGCGUGCAGGCCAGUGGCGGAGGUGGGCAGUGCAGUGGCGUCAGAGGCGCGUGUGGUGUGCGCCACCACCCAUGUGCGGGCGAGUGCUGCGGUGCAGUGCCGUGAUGGCGAUGCGGGCGCGGAGCCAAGUGGGAAGCAUCCUGCUGAAGCUGCUGCUGCGUGA